GUGUACCAUAGGCUAAAUUCUUCAUCGACUUCUUUGGUUUAUAGCCACGAGGUUUUUAGCAAUAUUUCAAUUUAUCGGUGGAAUAAUAAACAGAUACUUUAUAUCUGCAGUACAAAAUGCCUCCCAGUAACCCAUUGCCACCAAAAGAAAACGCUCUAUUUAAACGAAUUUUGAGAUGCUAUGAACAUAAACAAUAUAAAAAUGGGUUGAAAUUCGCGAAGCAAAUAUUGUCGAAUCCAAAAUUUGCGGAGCAUGGAGAAACUUUGGCAAUGAAAGGAUUGACGCUGAAUUGCCUUGGUCGUAAAGAAGAAGCGUAUGAUUACGUGCGUCGUGGUUUACGGAACGACCUGAAGUCCCCAGUGUGCUGGCACGUCUAUGGUCUUCUACAGCGCUCCGACAAGAAAUACGAUGAGGCUAUCAAAUGUUAUCGUAAUGCACUCAAGUGGGAGAAGGAAAAUAUACAAAUCCUCCGUGAUCUAUCUCUGCUUCAGAUUCAAAUGAGAGAUUUGGAAGGAUAUAAGGACACAAGGUACCAGUUAUUUAUGUUGCGACCCACACAGAGGGCAUCAUGGAUUGGCUUUGCGAUGAGUUACCAUCUCCUUGGUGAUUAUGAGAUGGCGAAUAGCAUUUUAGAUGCCUUCCGCACCAACCAGAUGAAGGGACCAUAUGAUUACGAACACUCUGAACUAUUGUUAUAUCAAAAUAUGGUGCUGGCUGAAUCAGGACAGUACGAAAGGGCCUUACAACAUUUACAUAAGUUCCAAAGUCAAAUUCUUGACAAAUUAUCAAUUAAAGAGACCUCUGGUGAAUAUUAUUUGAAACUACGGAGGUUUAAGGAAGCGGAGGGAGUGUAUGAAGAUUUAAUAAAAAGAAAUCCCGAGAAUGUAAUGUAUUAUCAAAAAUUAAUUGAAGCUAAACAGCUUAGUAAAUCUGAAGAUAUUGUGGCAUUCUUUGAUGUAUAUAAAAAAGAAUAUCCAAAAGCAAUAGCACCGAGGAGGUUGCAACUGAAUGAAGCUCAUGAUCCGUUGGUGUUUGAGAGACUUGUUGAUCAAUAUUUAAGACAAGGUUUGCACAAAGGUGUACCUCCUCUUUUUGUAGACUUAAGAACUUUAUACAAAGAUCAAAGUAAAGCGGAUACAAUAGAAAAGUUAAUAUUACAAUAUAUAGAGAAUUUAAAGAAGCAUGAUCGUUUCUCUUCCGAUACUGAGGAAGAGAAAUCUCCAGCGAGCGCCUUGUUGUGGGCGUAUUACUUCGCGGCGCAGCACUUUGACCACAAGAAGGAUACGGACAGAGCGCUACAGUAUAUUGAUGCUGCGAUAGAACAUACACCUACGCUUAUAGAAUUAUUUAUUGUUAAGGGGAAAAUAUAUAAGCACGCGGGUGACCCAGUGCAGGCGUACAAGUUGCUGGAGGAGGCGCAGGCGAUGGACACAGCUGACCGCUACGUGAACAGCAAGUGUGCUCGCUACAUGCUGCGUGCUGGACAUCUCAAGCGUGCAGAGGAGAUGUGCGCCAAGUUCACCAGGGAAGGUGUACCAGCGACGGAGAACUUGAACGAGAUGCAAUGCAUGUGGUUCCAGACGGAGGCUGCGGCCGCGUACCAGCGCCUGCAGCAGUGGGGUGAAGCACUCAAAAAAGCUCAUGAAGUUGACAGACAUUUCUCAGAAAUAAUGGAAGACCAGUUCGACUUUCACUCGUACUGUAUGCGUAAGAUGACGCUGCGGUCAUACGUCGGUCUGCUGAGACUUGAAGACGUGUUGCGUUCUCAUCCCUUCUACUUCCGAUGUGCUCGUGUUGCGAUACAAGUGUACCUGCGACUGUACACACACCCGCUGCAAGAUGUGCCGCAGACUACUGAGCCUGAUACAGAAAACUUAGCGCCGUCCGAGCUGAAGAAACUUAGAAAUAAACAGAGGAAAGCGAAGCGUAAAGCAGAGCAAGAGAGUGCGUUGGCGGCUCAGGUUCAGGUGAAGCGGGAGCAGCACCACAAGGCGCGGCAACAGCAGGAGCAGUGCGACCCCGAGGCGCCGCAGCUUGACGAGCUCGUACCUGACAAGCUGGCCAGGGCGGAGGACCCAUUAGAGCAAGCAAUAAAGUUCCUUUUACCGCUGCGGACUCUCGCCGCGGAUAGAAUAGAAACACAUUUAAUGGCCUUCGAAAUAUACUUUAGGAAAGAAAAGCCGUUGUUGAUGUUGCAAAGUGUGAAGCGCGCGUGGCGACUGGACAGCGGACACCAACAUCUGCACGACUGUCUGCUGCGCUUCCACGUGUGGCUCGACGCCGCAAGGCCCGGCCUCAACCAGCACGUCGCCGCUGUACUCGACUCGGAGACGCAACAGAUGAUGCAGGGUCGCAGCGCGCUGCAGAUGGCGGAGCAGUUCAUGUGUGGCGCGGCGCAGAGCUCGCAGGCGGCGGCGCUGUGGGGCGCGCGCGCACUCGCCCGCCUCGUGCCUGAACGCACGCAGCAUGCGCUUGCGCACGCCACCGCCAUGCACUACCCUGAUCUUACCAUUGAGGGUUGCGUGGAAGUGUUAGAUAGUCUCAAAGAAGGUGACUUCGGUUCUUGUGAGAACGAAAUAGAGCAAUAUAUAAAUGCGUGUCACACGAAGUUCCCGUACGCUCUGGCGUUCAAACCGGACGCCGGACAACCGGACGACAGCCACAGCGAGGACACAACUCUACAGACCAAGGAGGUAGCCAACUGAAGCCCAGCGAUGUCUGUGGGUGAUUAUGUCCUCAGUUACUUGUGGGAAUUGUCCCCUAGUGCGGUGAUAAUCGGUUUUGUUGCCAACUAAAUUGGAUAAUUAACAGAUAUUUUGUUUAAAUAUUUGUCAUUUUUUUUUAUUGUAGUAUUUUUAAAUGACUGAUGUUUUCGUAUCUAUUCAUUAGAUAUUAUUUAUAUUGCAUGUAAUUGGGAGCGUCAGUUAAGUUGUGAUGUCAUAGUAAAGCCCUUCGUACACUAGACAAAGUAUAUCUUCGAAACCAAGCAAUUUUAGUUGCUAAGUUACUUACGAAAUAGAAUGUCAUAGAUUCGUACAUACACUUGGUUAUUUCUUUAAUUGUCUAAAGCAGUCGCUCACGACUUUUUUUGUCAAUAUCGUUGUGAGAAAAGUCGUCUAUACCUGUGCUAACGUUGACGACUUGCGUCGACGAUUCAAAGAUGUGUGUUAGUCGCGACGCAACCAAACAAUAUUAAUUUCGAAGAUUUACGUUGUUUUAUAUACGAAGGUGUUAAGAGAGCUGCCAAACGGAUGCAACAACUCAGUUUUAAUGUUUUCUAUAGCGUUAAAUUUCAAUUCUAUUGUAAUUUAAAGACUGAUUGAGUUAUUUGUUGCGCCCGUGUGGUAUCUCUUGUGACAAUGAGCCAGUGAUUCUUUAUAAAUAUACACUAAGAUGCCCACAAAACCGAUUAUUACUGCAAUUCAUAAUCGCCCACAAAAUCCAGAAUUUAUUAGAAAAUAUUUGGCCUGACUUCCUCUCAACUUGCGCUAGUUAAUAUAAAAUUCUCGUAUCGGAAAUAAGUCUU